AUGGCUGAAGCUUCCACCAGUGCGGCGGCACCGACCGUCAAGUCGACCCAUCAUACCGUCGCCGUGGGCCUGCACGAAGCUGUCCUCGACUCCCCGACCUUUCGCGCCACGGCCGCCCACUUCGCCGAGCAGAUUGACGCAGUAGAGAAAUGGCUAAACGGAUAUGUGUCAUCGACAUCCAAGCUGUUGCACGAUAUUCUCGCCCUCGAGGAGACGAUCAACACAUACCUCGCCAAGACGACCCCGUCGACUGAUGGCGUCAUCGAUAAUGACUACACCUUCCUUGCCCUGAAGCGAGUCGGCGAUGGCUCCCGCGAGUGCUGGAUGCAGCUUCUGAGCAGCAUGAGGAGGAUGGAGACCUCCGUUGUCGAGCCCGUCCGGGGGUUUCUAAUGGGGGACAUGCGCAACUUCAAGGAGAUACGGAAGGUCCUGGAGCAGGCACAGAGGGCGUUCGAUUCCACCUUGGCCCGAUACGUCUCCCAAUCCAAGACGAAGGAGCCCUCUGCCCUACGAGAGGACGCAUUCUCCGUAUACGAAACAAGGAAGGCCUAUCUUCAGGCAUCGAUGGACUACUGCCAGCUCGCUCCCCAGGUGCGGUUUACUAUGGACAAGCUGCUGGUCAAGGUAUCGAAUGAAGCUUGGAAGGAGAUGAAGAAGGGCCGUGACGCUGCGACCAGUGCGACUCGGUUCGAACAGGAGAUGGAGCGAGUACGGGGCUGGGCAAAGGAGAUGGAAACGUCCGAGGGCAUCUUCAGACGUGAGCUUCAGAUCGCGCGGCGGGACCUAGGCGAGAACGCAAUGACGGGCUGCAAGCCGUCGCGUGAGUUGGAGGACUACAGCACUUCAACCGUCCCCUUCCUCGGCUCUCGCGGCCCUGUCAGUCUCCAGCCCAAGGAUAGCCAGGCAAUCAUCUCUGAGAAGCAGGGUUGGCUGUUCCUGAGGACUCUGUCCGGAAAACCCGCGAGACACAACUGGGUCAGGCGGUGGUACUAUUGCCGAGACAAGGUUUUUGGAUGGCUUAUUCCAGGACCUCUGGGUGUCGUGCAGGGUGACGAGAUUGGUGUUUUGCUGUGUAAUGCACGGCCAGCUGUUAGCGAGGACAGGCGUUUCUGCUUCGAGGUCAAGACGAAGAGCCAGAGCUUGCUGCUGCAAGCCGAGACGCAAAAUGAGCUGACUGAAUGGCUCGAGGUCUUCGAAUUUAUGAAGAAGAAGGCCUUCGAGUCCAGCAUGGACCGAGAUCUCAACGCUUCUGGCAAUCUCGAUCCAGCCUUCUCAGUUACUCCCCCGGGCAUUCCUGAGUUUUCUGCCAGGACUUUGGACGCGCAUCUUAAACUGGGAGAAGAGCCAAUUCCUCCCCCCGAGAGAGCUGGUACCCUCCCUGUCCCCAGCCCAGAUCUAACGUUAAGCAACAGGCCGAGCUUCGAUGUUAACGGCACCUUGACUCGCCGAUCAAUCACUGCCUUGAAACAAGAUUUGGCACGAGAAGAAGGCGAGAGUGGACGAGAGCACGCGGCAAGGAUCAUCCAGAGGCUUGAUCUUCACCGCAAAGCUACGUUCGGUGCCGGCGCUGAAGCAGCCCUUGCAAGCUCUAGCGGCUCUGCUGGAGGGCUGGCAAGCUUGAUGUCGGCUAGUCAUGCCAUGAUGCCCUCGCACGUUGGUUCUAGCUCGCCAAAGCAAUCAGCCGUGAGGUUGACGUCUGUAGACACUCAAGGAGGAACACUCGCCCCCCUGACCCUGGCAAAACCUCCUGCGGUAACGAACCUGAGUCGGACUGCCGUCUUGACAGCAGCAACGCGAGCUGCUAGCAGCAGCCAAAAGAAAGUCCUGCCUUCAGUUCUAGCCAACUACUGGGGUACGAAUGUCUACAACGAAAUACAGGUUUCAGAAGAGCCCGUCCUUCCCAGGAUGGACGAUGAUGAUCCUGUCGGCGUUGUUGUCUCUGCGGCACAAUCUGACUCUCUCGAUAAGGCCGUUCAGGACAAGCAGGCAAAGGAUCCACUGCCACUCCAUUAUCCUCCAGAACUACGGUUUCAGAAUGCACAAUUUAGAUUGCUGUUUCCCAAUGUUCCGACAGGCGAGAAUCUUGUGCUGGUUUUCCGCGCAGCUUGGUCCAGUUCAUCGGGUACAGAGUCAAAAUCCCCGGGAUUGGCAGGAGAUGGACGCAUCUACGUUACACCAGACAACAUGUACUUCUAUGGCCAGCAGAUGGGUCUUGUUUCGGCCUAUCGCCUAAGUUUGGACACGAUCUCGGAAGUCACAGCCGCCCCAGGCAGAGAAUGCGAUUACAUCUAUCUGCAUUUCGGCCAGAACGAGAGCAAUGAGACUGGCUUCACGCGGCUUACAAUCAAGAUCUUCCUCGACGAGCUUCGCGUCUUGCAUGCACGACUGAACUUACUCGUCGAUGAUCUUCAAGCAGAAGAGCCGAUGGAGACAGAGGCACUCAUUUCUGCGUUGAUACAGAUUGAGAAGGAGGAGUUUGAGAGGCCAAGUCCCGGUGCCGAGAGUUGGGAAGAAGUACCUGGCGACACACCCAUAGACAAUGGCACUCUUGGGGGACGGCCAGUGCGCGAGCGAUCAUUCCGAGACGCAACCCCCAGGGUACUAUCAGGUUCUAGGUUCGCUUCGUCGAAGCUGCAAAUGCCGCUUCAUCCAGUAGUGUACGAGCCCGAGGACAUGAAGGAACUAGCAGCAGAGAGACACUUUGAAAUCAGUGCCAAGUCUUGCUUCCAUGUACUCUUUGGAGACAAGAGCUUCGUUUUCCCGAAGCUCUAUUUCGAACACCGGGCCCAGCAGAUCGCGCAAGGACCUUGGGUUCAAAUAGAUCAAGGCCGGAUGCGCCGCGAGUUCCAAUUCAAGGUCAACUCGGCCGACAUGUUGGGGCGAUCUCACACAGCCGAAAUAACGGACUAUCAGGUGAUUGAUUUGCAUAGCGAUCAUGUCACGUAUGUUGUCACACAUACCAGAACUGCUUGGCACUUGCCUUAUUCGCAGCACUUCAAGCUCGUCACCAAGAUCGUUAUUACACACCUGGCCAAAACAAGGUGCAAGCUUGCCAUUUAUGUUAGAAUCGAUUGGUCCAAGUCGCCAGCUUUGUCGAGGAACCUUGUCGAACGCCAAGCAAUGAGGGACAUUCGAAACGAUGCUGACGAGCUCGCUGAGCUAGCUACAGAUCAAGUCCGCAAGCUAGGCGCGAGAACGCGGACAACAAGGGCAAUCCAAGUGUACGGCCAAGUUGGGCAGCAAACUCAGGUCGUCGUCUUUUCUCCCGCCGCUAGAGACAGCAGCCGGAAACAGGCCACCAAGCCACGCACCCUCACGGCCCUGGUGUGGGAAACCGCGAGAUCGUUCGGGGAGAGUGCUGUCUCGUCGCUCAUCAUGUGGUCAAUCGCCGUCUUGAAGAAGGUGUUUAGCAUUUUCACAGCCAACCGGCUGAUUCUUGCGGUUCUGGGACUGAGCAUCUUGACCAACCUAUUGAUCACCUCGACCGAGACUGCUGCUUGGUGGAAGGAAAGACGAGCAGCGGGUUUCAUGAGACACUUGGGUGUUGGUCCAAAUAUCCUCAUGAGUAAAGCCAUUUACAUGGCCGAUCUCGCUGAGGCAACUGGAGCGAAUGGCAAUGAGGAGCUGUUCCCACAUAACAGUACCUGCUUCAGUGGAUUCCAGGACGUCUUGAGCGCAACUGACAUGGAUUCGCCCUGGGAAGAUGCCGGCGUGUCGUUCACUACACCAACGACCCGAUCAACAGCACUGCGACUUCGAAGAACACGCCAACGGCUUGGCUCCUAUAGGCAUGACUUAAUCGUGGCUAUGAGGGUAGUCAACAGCAUUGAGCGAGAGAUCCUUCAAUCGGAGUGGGAGAACUGGCUGAUGAAUGAAAGCGCCCAGUGUGACGACCUCAGAGCAAUCCUCGACGGAGAUGAUGAGAAUACCAAGAAGAAGGACAGCGGUAGAAAAGCAAAGUCUUCGCAAAAGGUUGUCGAAUCGAUGUCACCAGAGAAAAAGGAAGUUCUGAGGGAGUGGAAGGACAAGUACUGUGGCAGCUGCCAGCGAGAUCUUGAGACCGUGGUGGCGAAGAGGAGAGGCUCGGAUUUGUAUAAUGGAGGAUAUCCUUGUUUCCAUUUUCCGGAUUGUACAGAACUCUACAUAAACCUCACGAUGGGCAACCAUCACGAACCAUUGAGCUACCUGGGCCCCGUUGAUUGGUCGGAUGUCUCACCAGAUGACCUGAAACCAUUCUUAGACGACGUAUUCUCUGCCGCUCAGACAGUCGUCGAGUCCGUACCGUCGCCCUCGAAUCUCAACGAGAUCUCCAGGGCGGCUGAGACUCCCGCGUUGCCCCGCUCCCAGUCCGAGUCUAGCCAGACGGGCGCUGCCCCGGCGACUUCUCCCAGCGCUCGUCGCCUGAGCCUCGCCGCAGUCGAGCAGUCUAGGAAGCUGCGGGAGGAAUGGAAGGAGGUCAAGGUCAACUCGCGGGAGAACCCGCUCGACAUCAAGGUGUACAAGCUGGCGGCCAAGGACGGCAAGGGGACGUGGUUCGCGAGGCGCAGCGUCCACGACGGCCUGUCGUACGAUCAAUGGGAGAAGGGGCUGGCCGAGGAGCUCAUUGAGACGCUGAAGAUCCAGGGACAGCCGGGAGGCGGGAGUAUCCGAGGGAUUGGGGCCGAUAGGUUGGUAGAGCAGGUUGACGCUCCUGGAUCUGGUCAGGCAAAGGUCUUUCACCUUUCUGCGCAAUUUCCGGGCCCGACGUCUCCGAGAGACUUUGUGACGUUGCUGUUGAGCUCGGGCGCGCCGAAAUUCGUUCCUGGGGAUGCCCGGGUCGUCAGGCAGUUCAUGAUUGUCUCCAAGCCUUGUAUUCACCCGGAAUGUGAACCUCAGCAGGGUACGAUUCGUGGACAGUAUGAAUCCAUCGAGCUGAUCCGGGAAGUAUUACCAGAGAAGCCGGCCUCUGAGCGAUCGUCGUCGUCAACAGACGUCUCGGGUAAAACCAAGAGCAGCGACAAUCUGAGUACCACAACUCUGGAUUCGCCCCCGAGUACCAGCAAGGCCCAGGAGCUUCCUACUACUAUUGAGUGGCUGAUGAUAACCCGGAGUGAUCCGGGUGGCUCGGUCCCGCGCUUCAUGAUCGAGAAAGGCACGCCUCCAGGAAUCGUGAAUGAUGCUGGAAAAUUUAUCAAGUGGGUAACUUCCAGAUCAACUCCCCAAGAUGUCCGAGAGUCGACCGAGGGCGGGGACGUGAGGUCGGGAGAGGAUGGUGUCCAGGACAAGCCACGCACAGAAUCGAGAGACCCGCCGCCGUACGUUGAGGCGCUUCCCUCUGGCAGCAACGAGACAUCUGUGCCGAACUACAAUGAAGAAGAUGUGGCUUCCUCAAAUGGCGGCCUCUGGGGAAUGGUCACCGGUGCGUUCUGGGGUGCCAGUUCUGUCGUUUCUGCUGGCCUGCGUAUGCCUUUUGGCACAUCCAGCCUUGGACAGGAUGAAGACGAGGAGAUUCAGCCAGGCACCCCAUCUUUGGAAAUAGGAGAUGAAGAAGACUCGGGUAGUGAUACUUCUUCGAUCCGGACCUUUACCUCUGCCCUGGACAGGUCCAUGACGCAGGAGGAGGAGGAAGCCUCGGCCGACGUUCAGCAAUCCAACUCCGACGACAAAUCCAGCGGAAAGUCUUCGCAACUCAAGGAGCUUAAGAAGCUCGAGGAACGCCGCCGCAAACUGGAUGAGAAGGCCGCGAGGAUGGCCGAGCGCUGGGAGAGCAAACGACAGGAGGACAAGGAGAAGGAUGCGGCGGCGCUGACCAGGGCGCAGGAGAAGCACGCCAAAGAGGUAGCGAAGCACGAGGCGAAAUACAACCGAGAGCUGCGCAGGAUCAAGGAGAAGAAGGAGCAGGAGGAGCGCAAGGCUGAGCAGCGGAGGAAGAAGGCCGCCGAGCGCGAGGCCAAGGCGAACGCCGCCAUGGAGCUUGAGAAGGUGAAGGCAGAGAGGGACUAUGCGCUCAAGCAAGUAGAAUUGCUCAAGGCCCAAGUCGGAGAACUUCAGUCCCAAAAUACCAUGCUUACAGCGAAAUUGGGAAAGUUGAAUGGUUUGGAUACCAGCGAUUCGGCCUCGGUGUCAUCAAAGAAUACGCAAGGUGGCAAGUCGCCGAAACUGUAA